GUUUACACUUUCCACGCAGGCAAGAGGAGGAGGAGGAAGGGAGAGAAGAGGGAGAGAGAAAGGGAGGAAAGGGAGAGAAGGAGAGACUUUUACCUCCUCCAUUUACUACGUUCUUCAUUAUAAGGGAGAGACAGAGGCGUAACCACAAUGGGCGACGGGGAUGAGUUUUUCCCUCCUCCGACAUGUCCGGCUGCCCCCCAUGGCCACCACCUCACCCUAGGCCAGGCGUGUCUCGAGGUGGCCAGCGGCGACGCCCACAACACCCUCAAGCUAUGGGCACAGGCUGAGGAGUGCUAUAAGUGUCCGCCGUGGUAUUUCCUCACCCUGCCGCCCGCGGACACCCAGACCCUCAUCGUCAACACCACAUAUCUGACCAACCUCUUCAUCACCAAGAACGACGACACCGAUUUGUACAGCCUCCAGUACCACUUUCGGGAGUACGGGAACUACCAUCUUCGUCUGGGGGAGAAAGUGGCGGAGAUUGAGGUGACGAGACAGCCGGAAAAUGAGUACUUGCCCCUGCUCACGGCCGCCCUCUUCUACCUCCUCCUCGCCUUCAUGUGGCAAUGCGCGAAGUUCCUGGUGAGACGCAUGGAUUCAUCUGCCGCCUCCCCGGAACUGAGGCGCCGAACCACAUCCGACCCUAGCGAGCGCCGACCCCUAGUCUCAUCCAUGGAGGAACCACAACCGUCAACCUCAACCGAACCGCAACCAUCCACAUCUUCUCACCCCUCCACCUCCUCACAGCCCUCAUCCAUGCAGCACUCCGCCUCACUUGCUUCCACUGUGCUAGCCUCGGAGCAGCUCGCAAGCCCCCUACACAGCAACCAGAGCCUCGUACAGACGUUUUAUGUUACCCGAGACCUGCCGCUCCCACUCCCCGACGCAAGAAGGGAGUCAGGGCGGCUGCUCUCACUGGAUGCCUUCAGAGGGCUGGCCAUCGUGCUCAUGAUCUUCGUCAAUUACGGCGGCGGACAGUACAGCUUCUUCAAACACGCGCCCUGGAAUGGUAUCACAGUGGCCGACCUCGUCUUCCCAUGGUUCUUGUGGAUCAUGGGCGUGAGUCUCGUCUUCUCCGUGCGCUCUCAGCUCCGUCGCACCACCAAGCGCAUCAUCAUCGUCCUGCGUAUACUCAAAAGGUGCAUCAUCCUCUUCGCUCUGGGCCUCAUCGUCAACAGCACCAAUGGAAACAACUACAUGCCGACCUUUCGUAUCUUUGGCGUGCUCCAGCGCUUCGCCAUCUGCUACCUCCUGACGGCUGUGAUCGAAGUCUACUUAAUGAACCCACAAGAGUCCCCUGAGUAUGUGUGGUACUGGAAGGUCCGAGACUUGGUGCGCUCAAGUCCGCAGUGGGUGUUCACGCUGGUGCUGGUAACAAUGCAGGUGGUGCUUACUUUCGGCCUGUCUGUCCCGGGAUGCCCAAAGGGCUAUCUGGGGCCUGGGGGGCUGCACGAGUGGGGGAUGUACCGGGGCUGCACUGGGGGGGCUGCGGGGUACAUCGACCGAGUGUUUGUGGGUGAAAAACACGUCUACGCACACCCCACUUGUGCUAAAAUCUACGCCAGCAACACGCCUUACGACCCCGAGGGAUUGCUGGGUGCCCUGACGUCUGUGCUGAUGGUUCAAUUCGGCGCCGCAUGUGGACGUAUAAUCAUCACCUUCGAGACACACUGGGGCCGCGUCGUGCGAUGGCUGGCGUGGGCGGGCGUAACCGGGCUAAUGGCGGGCUUCCUCUGCGGCUGGCGUAAGGAGGGCGGACUCAUCCCUGUCAACAAGAACCUCUGGUCACUCUCAUACGUCCUCUGCACCGCCUCCUUCGCCUUCAUCCUCUUCACCGUGUUCUACCUCCUCAUUGAUCAGCGGAAGUGGUGGAGCGGCAAUCCGUUACGCUACGCUGGAAUGAACGCGAUUUUCCUGUACGUCGGGCAUGAGGUUUUCGGGGGGCUGUUCCCUUGGUCGUGGCGUCCGGUUGGGCAGCAUCACGCAAAUUAUCUCGUCAUGAAUUUGUGGGCGACGAGUUCCUGGAUCAUCAUUGCGUAUCUGUGUCAUCGUCGAAAGCUGUAUUUCUCGGUGUGAGGCUACGUGACGAGACUCUUAUGGGCUAAUACCUGUCUCUGUCUCAAGCUCAUGGAUCAUUACGUAUCUCUUGUCGUCAUCGUAAACUGUAUUUCUCGGUGUGAGGUUUCGAGAUGACAAGACUUUACGAGCUCAUUCCGCAGUUGAACACAGUGUCUUUUUUUCUUUCCUUUGUCUCAAUCUCUUGGGUCAUUACGUAUCUUGUCGUCGCCGUAAACUGUAUUUCUCGGUGUGAGAUUACGGGAUGACAAGACUUUACGAGCUCAUUCCUCCGUCGAACACAGUGUCUUGUUUUCUUUCCUUUGUCUCAAUCUCUUGGGUCAUUACGUAUCUCUUGUCGUCGCCGUAAACUGUACUUCUCGGUGUGAGGUUCCGAGAUGACAAGACUUUACGAGCUCAUUCCUCCGUCGAACACAGUGUCUUUUUUUUCUUUCCUUUGUCUCAAUCUCAUGGGUCAUUACGUAUAUCUGUUGUCAUUGUCACAAACUGUACUUCUCCAUGCGACGUUUCGACAUGGCAAGACUCUGUGGGCUAAUUUCUGUCUGAUUCUCUCUUGUUUUUAUUUUUUCAUUAUUUUUCUCAUUUUUUCCUGAUCCAGUUACGUAAUUUUUGGGGUCGUGUCAUUUUAGUCGUAUUUUGAGGUUACGUUUCUUUGUUUUCCUUUUGUGGUUUCAUUAUUCUUUUUCCUUAUCUAGUUACGUAUUUUUUUGUGCCAACUGAUGUAUUUUUAAGUGUUCCGUUAAGUGUUUCUUCAAGUUCCGUCGCACGUACUUACCGUCGCGUUGCUCACUCUCUUCCAUGUUACGUACCAGUCAUUGAUUAAGAUUAUUAUGUUUAGUAUUAUCGUUAGUGUGAGGCUCAAAUAAUGCUAUGGGUUGUAUUUUAAGACAUUUCACUGCCCAAGAACACAUACUUGACAAGGCUUUCGUAGGAGUUAUUGGGAUUUCCAGGAGUAGUUUUAUGACCCUGGUGGUAGUGUGACCCUUCCUCUGUACCAUGAACCUAAAGAAACACAUACUUGACAAGGCUUUCGUAGGAGUUAUGGGCAUUUCCAGGGGUAGUUUUAUGACCCUGGUGGUAGUGUGACCCUUCCUCUGUACCGUGAACCUAAAGAAACACAUAUUUGACAAGGCUUUCAUAGGCGUUGACAGCAUUUCCAGGAGUAGUUUUAUGACCCUGGUGGUAGUUUGACCUUUAUUAAACACACACACACACACACACACACACACUCACACACACACACACACAGUUAGUAUGUCGCCAAAAAACAAAUGAUUCUACUUGCAUGAUUACGUAUUGAAUAUCGCACACACGCAAACACACACGGAAUGUCUAUGUAUCUGUGUGUGUGUGUGUGUUUAUAUAAGUCUAGUGAUUGUUUCCAGAUAAUUAUACAAGUCCUGUGAUGAAUGGUAGCUUCGGACACACACACACACACACACACACACACACACACACACACACACACACACACACACUCAUCUCCAAACAAUAGACAAGGUUGUGUGUAUUUCCUGUGCUAUACUCAAUCAUAUAUAUUUUCUAAUCCUUAAUUUUAGCCUCAUAGAAAGUAGUUUUAAGAUUCACACACAGCUUGAGAUUAUGUGCCAAGGUGAGGUACUUUCUAAUCAUUCCGUUCAGCUUCGUAAAUAAAGUGGUUUACGUUUUAUAUAUACAGUUUUAUGCAGCUUGAGAGAUUAUAUAUGCACUCCAUGUUAAGUAUAGUUCGAUAGACAGUAGUUUUAAGCGAUAUUCAGCCUUAGAAAUUAUGUGGUAUAUAUCUGAACUAAUUUUGUAAUCACUCAUUUGGACUUCAGAUAGUAUAGAAUUUGCUUACAGGGAGAAUGUGACAAAUAUGUAAACAAAAUAUUACUUAACCCAGUAGCAGCGGGGAUCAUGUUUCUUAAUGGUCCCUCUAAGCGAGAAAAAUGAGAAAAAAUCAUCACUCACACAAACCAUUUCAUAAUAUAUAUCAAAGCAUUUGUGAUCAGUUUAUGUAUCAUCUAUUUUGGGGGGUUUAAAUCAUGGCACAAAUUUGGCCUGUCGCUGAUACACAGUAAAGCCACAAAUAUGGCCCAUCGCUGAUACAUGGUAAAGCCACAAAUUUGGCCCGUCACUGCUACAUGGCAAAGCCACAAAUUUGGCCCGUCGCUGCUACAUGGUAAAGCCACAAAUUUGGCCCGUCGCUGCUACAUGGUAAAGCCACAAAUUUGGCCCAUCACUGCUACACGGUAAAGCCACAAAUUUGGCCCGUCACUGCUACACGGUAAAGCCACAAAUUUGGCCCAUCACUGCUACACGGUAAAGCCACAAAUUUGGCCCGUCAUUGCUACCGGGUUAAGUUUAGGGCUAUAGAAAUUAGUUUAAGGUCUUCUAAGUUGCCAAGAUCAGAGGUAUUUUAUAAUGUUAUAAUGUGAUUUUACUUACUUAAGUUUACCCCCAGUUAAAAAGUCGUGUAAGUUCUUCUAAGUUGCCAAAAUCAUGUGUUAUAGAUUGGAGGGAUUUUUAUGAUGCAUAUGUGAUUUGAUAUACGUAAGUUAAGCUCCGUAUAGAAAUUGAAAGGUCUGAACAGCUCUCAAGAUUAUUUACUAAAGGUCAGAGAGGUAUUUUGUAAUCUAUAAGUUGGAUUUCGUAUACAUAAAUUUAGUUCCAUAUAGAAGUUAGUUAAAGUUCCUCACAGUUUCCAAAAUACUGUACGAUAGAGAUAUUUCGUAAUCUUUUAGUUGGAUUUCAUAUACGUAAAUUAAGUUCCAUAUAGAAGUUAGUUUAAAGUUCCUCACAGUUUCCAAAAUACUGUACGAUAGGUCAGUGAUAUUUCGUAAUCUUUUAGUUGGAUUUCGUAUAUGUAAAUUUAGUGCCAUAUGGAAAUUUGUUUAACUUCCACACAGCUUCCAAAAUAAUGUACGAUAGAGAGAUAUUUCGUAAUCUUUUAGUUGGAUUUCGUAUACGUAAAUUUAAUGCCAUAUGGAAAUUUGUUUAACUUUCACACAGCCUCCAAAAUAAUGUACGAUAGAGAUAUUUCGUAAUCUUUUAGUUGGAUUUCGUAUACGUAAAUUUAGUCCCAUAUGGAAAUUUGUUUAACUUUCACACAGCUUCCAAAAUAAUGUACGAUAGAGAGGUAUUUUGUAAUCUUUUAGUCGGACUUCAUAGAAAUUUGUUGAACCUCCACACAGCCUCCAAAAUAAUGUACGAUAGCAAGGUAUUUUGUAAUCUUUUAGUCAGACUUCAUAGAAAUUUGUUGAACUUCCACACAGCCUCCAAAAUAAUGUAUGAUAGCGAGGUAUUUUGUAAUCUUUCAGUCAGACUUCAUAUGAUAAUUAUCCACGAAAACGCAUGUUCCAUAAGGACGCAUAUAUACUAGUGUCCUCUGGCUCCAUUCAAUAACUGUCCACAAAAAUCCAUGUGCUAUAAGUAUAAAUAAUAUUAAGUUUG